AUGGUAUGGGACCUCAAAACGCAACACUCGUCACACGGUAGCGCUAAGGACUUACCAGAUCUCGUGUUCACUGCCAAUGCAGCCAUAAUCAGAGGAAAGCAAGUGUAUCUGGCUAACUUCGCCCUCCAAGAGCGAAAAGCAGAAUGGAAAAUCAACGAUGAAUGGUUCCGGCAAAACGGAUUCAACACUUACUUCAACGAAGCUAUUCCUCAUGAAGCAUAUCUGAGCACAGCUGGAAAGAUGGCCUUCGUAGGUGGUGAAGGCUAUGCCACUGCGUAUAAAAAGGGAAAACUAAAACUAAUAACCGGUCAUCAAGUAGCGGUAUACGCAAGGCAAGGAGAAGUGAAUCUACUCGCUGAAUCACAUUGGAGAUGGCACGAAAAGAAGCUUAUGGCUUCUAGGAGGAACGCUGCUUGA